AUAUUGUCCAAUCAAUGAGUUGGGCGCAGAGAGCAGCGGACCUCCGUGAGAGCAGUUUUUGUCAGAGAGGCAGAGACGCCGAAGCAGCAUCAGCGCCGGGCGUACGUGGAGCCUUGGAGCAUCACUGGGGAGAGCGCACACAUCCACCACAAAGAGCAGGCUGAAAUAACGCGACGACACUUGAACGAUUAUUUUAUAAACGCGUCGUCUUACUCAUUUUUAUUUUUAUUCUCUUUGUGUUGGUUUUAUUGUCAUUGUUAUACUGGAGGAGGCGAAAAAAAGACCGAGCGAAGCUUUACUGCGGCUAAUCAAUUUCCUUUUUCCAGACCUGGGAAUUACAAUGAAACAUGUAGGUGACACAUUUCCAUUCACAAUUCACGAAUCACAAUAGGGAUCCCAGCGGAAGCGACAAAGAAGAAAGCAGGGGAAAAUGGUGACGGGUGCCGCAUCUAUAGGAUCAGCAUCCUCCUCUCCGUGGAGCCCCUGCGUAAAAGAAAAAUCAGUGUGAAAGCCGGUGAAGAAGUGGACGCGAACCUGUGAGAGACAGGAAGACUUGAAGAAACAGAGUAAAGGAUCUGAUCCGGACCGUCCCUGUGCCAAGUGGAGGUUUUCCUGGAGGACUUUCUCAGCUGUUUUCAGAGCCGAGGCUCUGAACACUUCCUGCUCCUUUUCCACUUUUUUUAUUUUUAUGUGGUUGGAAUCACGAUUUCUGACUGCUCUUUUGUUCCAAUCAAGACCAAAACCAGGUGCCAAACUGACUGUGUCAAGAGAAGAAGCAAAAAAAUCUAAACUCUUCAUAUAAAGACUUUAUUUAGUCACCCAGCUUUGGAUACAUCACCCACAAACACAUUAAAACAUCCAACGUCCCAUUAAAACCACACUGAAUUUCAAGAUAACAUCUGUAAAAGUUUAUAUAUCCAUUCCGUUUGGUCAGUGUUUGCUGCUUUUAAUGUUAGAACUUUGUGAUUUUUCUCACUGGGGCGGCGAUCAGUGCAUUAUUGGUUCAAAGUGCUUUAUAGACAAAUCCUCCAGCUGUCGGUCUGCUCAUGGUUAUGCAUAGCAGAGGAGGCGUGUGGUAAGCUGUGAUAACUCUGACGGCGUUUGACUGACGGGCAACACAAGCCACGUCAAACAGAUAAACAGAGGCAACACCACCGCCACCGCUGCUGCUAUCUCAAAGGCUCGGAGGUACGCCGUCGUUUCAGUCUGCGCUGUGAAACACUGUUGACACUUUGCCUAUCUCCUUCUUCCAGUCGCUUCUACGAGAGAGGCCUCUCGCCCUUUUGUCGUCUUCUGUUUCUUCCACUUGUGGCUCUUGAUUACGCCGCGCCGAACAACCUAAAAAGCCCCCUUUAUCUACUCCCAGUGACCUCUUAAACCUUUUUUGCAUUCUUCCUUUUAUUCUACUAAAAACAUGCAAUUUAAAACCUUUCACUGUACUUUCAUUUUUUGUGGAAGGAAAUCAAAUUUGUAAAGAUAUUUCAAAAAACAAAAAAGAACAUAACCUAAAGCCAUACCGAACACCAGCCAUACGAAUACAUUUACAGAGCUCACGAUGUUGGAGAUUUCUACAACAAAGUGAUCCUCAGUCACGUCGGUGCACGCACACACACAUUCAGGGAGUCGAUGAAGAAACUGCUAGUGACCUGAAAUUUCAUUCCUUUGGAUGAAAGAGCGGUUUGUAAGUUUUUUUCUACCUGCGAGUUUUUAGAUCACACAGCCUGCGGUGUCAAGCGUGGCAGUGGCCGUGUCGAGUUCCCGUCGUCGCCCUGCGUUCCUCUGUGUUGACGGAUGAAUCCGGACAGUUUCAUGUCUGUUCUGUGGGCAGAACCUCGCUGCCCUGCUAGAACCGGGCCCAAGCCCUCCUUCGUCCUCUUCUGCUGGGCCAAGCUAAAUUCAGAGCAAAGACACUCGCGUGAGGGUAUCAAACGCACAUAGAUCCUCGCUUUUUUUCUGUCGUCUCUUCCUGUAAUUCAGCCACCAGAUCCUCGCCAUCGAUCACUCUUUUGUGAAUGCCUUGACGCGCUCGCUUAAUGAACUGAUGUCUGUCCUCCAGUAGCUGCUGGAAGGACUUUUUUCUUAUAGAUUUGAUGCUGCUUAAUGCCGUCAGUGAUAGUACCUUUAUUAGUCGCUCUCACAGCCCACGACUCAUAAAUUCACCGUUCCAUUGUUCGAAACCAAAAUUUCAAGCAUAUUGACCUUUACUGCUCCUCUUCCUCUAAAUUCUUUGAAAGGGAGAUUUGGUUUAUUGGGCAAACUGUGAGCGUGGUGUAAGAGAACUUUAAGUAACAGCUUGUGCCAAAUUUACACGGACUUCCUCUCAGCUUGUUCACCAAACAGAGCUGAGAUCUCUAAAGCUGCCAGCACUGUUGUUUACAGACACGAGACACACGGAGCUCGAUGUUUAAUUUGAUUUCAUUUCCAUGUAUAAUUUUCACACAUUAGUUCUCCACCCAGGACAACAGAAGUGCCAAACUCCGAGAAGAAUACACCCAGCGUCUGUCAGAGCUCAUCGAAUACAAAGUUUACAUCCAGCGCUAAAUGUUUACAGACCACGGUUUCCAUUGCAGUUUCUUACAUGACUUUUGUGCCAUAAACAGCUCCCAGAACACCCUGCAUUCAGAGACAUAAGACUCUUCUUCUGGAAGGGUCAUUAUACGACGAGUUUACAGUUUUUCAUACUCAUUUUGUUUACAGAAAACGUCUCAAUACUGCCUGUUUUGAAGAUUUUUUGGCCAACGGACUGUAAAACGGCACUUUGUCGACCGACAGACCAAAAUUAAACAUUUAAUACCUGCUGCCAUAAAACAAACCCACAUUAUUCUGUAUUUCUAAUCAAUGUUAAGUUAGAUUACUUUAGGUCUACAGCCAUUGUACAGACACAUCGCAUAGGGCCUAAAAAACUCUGAAAGACCUCAAUGUUUACAAACGCUGCUUAUGGGAAGGAUUUGUAUUCAGAGGGAAAUGUUUACAUUCAGAUGACGGAGUGACAUGCCAAACGCAUUCAUGAAACACUGCUCGAACAACGUGAAUCUGCUGAAAUCCAACCCAAGGGAUUAGUUCAUCAGACUGCAGAUAAAACUUUUCGUAAUGGAGGUUUUUUUUGGAGGAUCUUGCUGACAUUUGAAGCUGUUUGGGACUUUUUUGGCUCGAGAACUUUGUGAUAAAACAAUGACGUCUAAAAUAUUAAAGGGGAUGCUUUGCUUAUCCCUUAUCCUCUUGCUUCUCUCCUGCCUCGCUGUUUCCACUGUAACCAUCACCACUCGGCGACGCGCUGUCGAUGGCGAUAUCAGGACUCUGACCGGCAGGGGCGGCUCUGCCGCUGCUGGUAAAACGAGUACCACAUUGUUCCUCCUGACGGGCUACAAGCAGCCACUCCCACGGCUGCCUGCCGGACCCCAAGUGCCGCCAAAAGCGGCAGAGGUGGAGGAUGGGGAUGAUCCACCGGUCAUGGCUGAGCUGCCACCAAAGCCCCUCCCUCAGACCAUGUUGCCAAGGAACGUAACGGCAGCACUGAAGCCUCCGCUCGGUGCGGCCCAGGUGGCUCCAGCCCCGAGACAGCUGGUGGAUGUGGACCUGUGCAAGGGUUACUACGAUGUGAUGGGGCACUUUGACAACUCGUUCAACUGCUCCCAGGGCAGUUACAUCUACUGCUGCGGCACCUGCCACUACCGGUUCUGCUGCGAGCACCAGAGGAACCGGCUAGAUCAGGAUUCCUGCACCAACUACAAGUCCCCCGACUGGGCUGACCCGCAGGUCCCCGUCACUGUGGCCGCGUUGAAACCCGACCCCGACUUUGAGACGUUUCCGCAGCAGAGCAGCAGUACAGCCUAUGUGAUCGGAGGUGUGAUCUCCUUCACUGUCGUGGUGGCCGUGGGCGUCAGGAUUGCCUUCAGCAAGGUGGCUCGUCGACCCCGAAACCGAGACAUUAACAUGCCCAGAUCACUGGUGGAUAUCUUACGUCACCAGUCGAGCCCCGUGCAGCAGGGCGAGAGGAACAACAGCACAGUGCUGACCACCACCUCAGACGGACGCACAUCCAAAAACCUGUACACCCCCAUCCUACAGAUCAAAGACAACCGCACUGGGAACUUGCACCACCAUUUUAACCAGCAGGGGUCUGCUUCCAGCCCCAAACACUCUGCUACCAUCGAGCGUGGAUCCCGCAUGAACAACACCUCCCAGCUCACUUCCGGGCCCACCCUGAUUUCUGGUAGCAGCAAAGGUGCGGGAGGCGGUGGCAGCGUCUUCGGAGGCAGCAUGAGACACAACAGCAGCCACCCGUCUUUCUCGCACUCCUUCCACAACCUGGCCCAGCUGCCACCGUCCUACGACGCGACCAUGAAACCUGAGAUCAACCGCUACAGCUCGCUGAAGAGGCUGGAGAAAGAACUCGAUGAGUACUCCAGCUACUACAACUCCAAGCGCCGCUCUAACAACGCUCCGCCCUCCUUCCACUCCUCUCAGCACCACCUGCCCUGGGGAGGGGACUACACGCUGGGAUCCAGAGGCACGCUACCCCUCCACGGCUCUCGACCCCACCUCCACAUGCCGCCCUCCACCCCGAACCCGUACCCACUCCCCUCCCAGACACAGUACACCAGCUCCAGCUUCGAUAGGCCACCACGCCGUGUCCGCUCCCAGGACCAGCUGCUGGCAUUAGGGGAAGGCAACACUCUGUCCCGUCUGUCCAAGAACCAGCAACACCAGUACUACAAAGCCAUGAUGAGCACCAGCAGGAGCUCUACAUCACAGACGCUCCGCAGGUCCCAUGAGCGGCUCCUGGUCUCCCCUGACCGUCUGGAGGACCGGCUGAUGACGAUGGGUCUGCUGCCGGGAACGAGUGAGCGAGGGGGAGGAACCGGGAUGGUUCCCACCAUGGGCCGGCUCAGCCACCACCAGAAGGCUCAGUCACAGCAGAACAUUUGUGUCACGCCAUCCAUGGACCGCCACCACAUGAUCAAGAUGAACUCCCACCCCACACCAGGCCACGAGCACGACCGCAGCACCGCGACCAUGUCCGGCAUGGGCAUGCACGGUGGCUGGGACUCCCACGGCGGGACAGGUGGAGGCCACCCCAACGCCCGACGUAUGGCUUUCGCCAGCAAGAGGCAGAACACGAUUGAACAGCUGCACUUCAUCCCCGGAGGAGGUGGAGGCCAGGGACUCCGGACUGGGAGUAAGAAUGAGGUGACAGUGUGAGAGGAAGAGCGGUGGAGAAGAGGUGCAGAUGAAAAGAAGCUGAAGACCAGAUGAAGAGAGGGAAGCAGCGAGGUGUUUAGUGUGAAGAUAUGAGCAGGAAAUGGCAAAGAAACAAGCAAGUGGUUUGAUAUCAGCUGGCUCCCUGACAGGGCUGCUCUCAGCUGCACACAGCCCCCUUCAUAAAAUAAAAAGUGGUGGAUGGCAACAUUAGUGAGUAAAGCCAAUUGAUUCUCUCUUUGUCACUUGUGUAUUGGAAAAGAGAAAUUUCACCUAUUCUUUGUGAAGAGAAGACAAAUGCCCAAGUAAAGAGCAAAAAAAAAGAAAAGAAAAAAGCAGUUAAAGGCUGCUGGGUAUUCGCUGUGACUUUUAUUGAAGGAUAUCCACUGAGUCAAAUUUGUUGAAUUGUCCUUGAGUUUUGUUGCGCUGUCCUCUGAGUCCUCGAGUGCUCUGACAGAAAUUCAUCCAUCUUUGAAUCCACUGUGGAUGUCAGAGCGCCGAGGCCGAGGCAGACGGGUUUGCUUGUCAGUGUAUUUAUACAAGUAUUUAAAACCAAACAAGUUGCUUUUGUAUGAAAUUAACCUGAUACUAUUACUGCUACUACUACUAAUAAUAAUAAUAUUAGCAUAACUGAGCCCUGUAGGAUUUUGUGUAUACUUAGUUGAAAACAUAUUUAUCCUUUAGCCAGCCACUUUGUAAUGUAAAGACUGGUCACGUGAUCAGUCUGUCAUUUCUUUCUCUAGUCGUGAUUGGACUAUCAAAGUAAAACUGCUGAAAUAAUGCAGCAGUUAACUGUCAUUUGAUUUCUUUAUAACUCGAUUCACUCAAGCUAAAGAUAAAUAAUAAAAUGAGCCAUUUAGAGAUGAAAAGCAAGUCAAAGCGCUGCCAUAAAGGCCCAGUCACACCAGCAUUUCACGAAAACUCCCAAGAACUAAGUGCCAGUUAAUGAUAAAGGGAAGGAUAAAAAUAAAGAAGGUUGAGGAGCUAUUGUGAAUGUGUUAGCAGUUAUCUAACCGUGUCUCGAGUUGCUACUUCUGAAACAUUUUGAAUCCAGAUGUUCGCCUGUGUUUCUGGUGUGACCGGGCUUUAAAAGUAAAGUCCACUUUGCAGUAUGAUUUUAGCUAACUAUGCUCUUGUACAGUGAAAUCUAGUGGGUGUAUAUCAUCUAUGAAACAUUGUGUAAUUCGUAGGCUAAGAAAGUUUUGAACUGAGCCAAUCUCAUACAUUGACUGACUGACCAAACAUUCUUCAGCAACUGUAGGGUUUCCGCCAGUCUACCACAGACUUAGCAGCUUUUUAAUUGACCACCUCCCACACUUUUUAAAAUAAAAGCUACAUUUGUAACGUUAACUAAUGUAUCUUAUUAUCCUGGUGUUACUGUUACCCAUUUUUCAGAUCAGCUUAUAGUACAAUAAUUUUAAAAAGAAAAUAAAGAACAAUGUUAAACUUAAAGCAUUAGCUUUGGUGGACAUUUACUAUUUACAAAUAACAGUAAGCUACAUGAUUCCUAGCCAUAAGUGAAGAACUUUAACCAUAUUGUGGGCUCUGUAGGUGGUAUAGCACAGUAAAGUGGGAAAAAAACUUUUUUUGUCACUCAAUUUGUAUCCAGAGAUAUAAAGUGAGAGCUAACUGCAUAUUAAGUGUGACAUCAUUGGCCAUUUCUGGUCCCAAAAGCAAAGAGCCACUGAGGAACCUUUGAGAGUUAAAAAAUUCCAAAUUCCAAGCUUGAAUAAAAUGAUCUGUGCACUUGUUCUCCCAGUAAAGUUUAACAUUACAGCAAUCAUGAAAAAGGUUUACUAAGCUGGAGUUAGCAUUAAGUUAUCUGAUUGAUUGGUAAUUUAUUUCAAACAUGUAAACAAUAUACAGGUACAUUUAGAAAAGAAAAUAAGAGAGAGAAAAAAAAAUACUAUACAAAAAAAUCAAUACAUUUCAAUAUAGCUGCCGUUCUGAUUAAUUUACAUGUUGAAAUGGAGUGGGAAGAAGUAAACAAAUUAUCAGUUAAUAUUUAGUCAGCUUCCUUACUGAUAUAAUUUGUAAUAAAAUAUAGUGAACAGAUUUCUGAUAUACUAUAUACUAUAAUAUAAAGUUAGUUGAUCUUGUCAAGUGAAGCUAAGCUAGUUGACAUAUACCUGGUGCCAUUUGCUAUACAGAGCAACGUUUAGUCUAAAACAAACUAAUAUAAAGUCCAAGUUGAGGUUUCUUGCUGAGACAAAUGUCUUCAUUGAAUCAGACCAGGAAGCCAAGUCCAUCUUUUAUGUUUCCUAUGAUUUCAUUGACAGGAAGAAGAUAAUAAAAAUGGAACGCACUUCAUGUAAGAUAACAUCUGAGCCUCAUCCAUGACACAAGGUUAUGAAAAAUGUAAAAAGUCCUGAGCCCAAGUUGAAUGCUUACACUUUGUGUCUGAGACACCGUUAGCUCAUGGCUAGGAUAGCUAGCUUUGGAGAAUAAAAAGGCACUUUGUUGGAAAACAUUAAAAUAGUUUCUGAUUUCUAGUUAAAGUGAUUUUGGAUGGCAGUUAUUAAGACUUGGGAGAAUAAUUUUCAAAAGCCAAAAAUCCCAUUUUAAAAACACCAUUAAUUCUACAUUUGGACCCAUAAACAGGGUUGUUUUUAUUAUUGCUCAACAAAAUGGCCAAAAUGUUUCUGCUAUAGUGGAUUGAUGGUGCAACAUCAGCAAUGUUAAAUGGUGGCUGGGGUCGACAACUUUUCUGGCGGAAACCCUGAACUGUUCAAAACUUUUCAUUGCAAGCUUGUAGAGGGGUCGAGGGUUUUGUUUCUGCCGCCGAUUGGUAUUAAACCAACCCUCCUGUACGUCUACAGCACCACACGUUUUCCUGCAAGUUUAGCUGCUCACCUCGUAUGAAGGGAAAGGGUGGCAAAUGGUUUGAGGCGGUGGGGGGGGGACAAUGGACACUUCACACCAAGGGCUAAAAUGAAUUAUCUUUGUGUGUCUAUGCUCUGUACAGUCUCUGCUUCUCAUUUUCAUUUUUCCUGUGAGUCGGGAGGCAUGCUCGUGCAUAUUUUUCACAGAUUUUUUUAUUUUUAUUCUUCUUGUGUAGAGAGAAAAAAAAUUAAAAUGCAAGGAAAUUGUGCAAAGCAAAAGAACUUUUGUGUACCAUGUAAAGACACAUAACCAUUUUAAAAAGUGGCGGGAGAAGCGUUGACCAUAAUGAUGUCAUAUUUUGUACAUUUUUUUUGGUUUUCUGGCUGUGAGAUGGACCUUCUGGCCACGCUGGCUGGAUUUACCCUUUCUGGGGUUUCAAGAGAGGCCUUGUUUGAGGUUCCACUCUCGAGUUGUAUUUCGAUAAAGACAGACAUGAUUGAUUACUGUGUGAAGCUUCCUGCCAGCCAUUUUUAGUGUUUUAAUACAUGUGCUCACGUGUUAAUGGUUUAUGUAGAAGUUCCCCCUCAAUGACACUAUGAACGCUAUUAUCAUGAGCUCUCUUUCUUUCUCUUCUACUUAAACAUGUAUUUAUUUUUUUAAUCUCUGUGAGUUUAAUGUAUAAUCCUGGAUUUUCAGUAUUAAAAACUUUCUAGUGGAAUUUAAAAAAAAAGAAUAGAAGAAGAAAAACCCUUUGUAUUCACGAGAACAAAAAAGAGCUGAUGCAAUCAUAGAGAAAAGAAGAAACGCAUGACGGUGUCAGAAGCCAGUGUUGGUGAUGUCAUAGUGCUGACUUAUGAUGUCACGGCGUGUAUGUGCGUAAAUGUACAUGCGUCUGUUUUAGUUUGUGUGCCCGUGCGUGUAACUUUCUGUGUCUUCUUAUUCUUCUUAGGAAUGCUGAACCUCAUUAUUAUUUAUUUUUCUUCUUUUUUUCGGACCAAGCUCGGGGUACGUCUUCAGCACUCGAGUCACUGCGUGUUCAUAUCAAGCUCUAAUGACAUUUUCAAAGCCUGUUGUUCUUUUAAAAAUUCAUUUUUUUAAAGGGACAUUAUUCAGUCAGCUUUUCUUGUUGAGCUACGUUCACCAAAGUGAGGACUUUUCAGACGUUUGAAAAUGUAACUUACUGAAGGCUUAUAUUGUGUCAGGUUUUGGUGUUUUAAGAGAAGCUGAGUGCGUUAAUUUAUUGGUUUUUAAGUUUGUGUCACUGAAAUUUGAAUUUAAAGGUACUUUUUUGUAAACUUUGAUGUUUAAAAAUUCUUUAAAACGUUCCAAAAUGAACAAAACUAUGAAAAAGAAAUGUGAAGAAACAACCACUGUGACUUUAUAUAUAAAACAUACACUGUUUGUGUGGGAGAGACAUCAAGUGAAGUUGGAAUGGGGUACAAAUAGUCUUACCUUUAUUUAACCAGGUAAGUCAAAAACAGCACAUUUUUACUUAUGACCAACCAACAUUUCGACUGCCUUGUCUUGAUCAAAAAAUAGGUCAAAAACUAUCAGACGUAACCACCGUGACAUCGCCCACUAGUUUUUGGAGUCCUGUUUUGAAGCCUUGAGAUGAGCAUUUUCAGUAUCUGACCUGACUGAAAACCUCAAUCAAAUUCUCCCAAGGGUAAUUACAAAAAGUACCUUUAAUAUAUGUCCACAAAAGCUUUUUUUAAAGAAAUGUUUUCAUCUGAGCUUGUUUAAAAAGAAAUUUAAAGGCACAGAAGUUAUGAAAAGACGCUUUAUUUAAGCUGCAAUACGGCCAAAAGAGGAGAACGCAAAUUGCAUUUAAAGGUUGUUUUCUGUGGAGAGCAGUUGUUGCUGAUGUGGAGCAGAAUGUAAAGUGACCUGACUUUGGCUGAUGUUAGAACCAUAAAAGAGCACGAGGCGUAAAAUAAGAAGGGAGGGUGGAUGUAAAUGACGUGGGAAUUCAGUUGUAUUUUUAAUGUCUCGCUCAUUUCUCCUCAUACCUUCAAAAGUCUGAUGCAGAUGUUAUAAUCCAUGUUCAGUUAAUUGGUCCCCUGAUAAAACUGUGUGCCUGUAGGUGUGCGUUUGUGUGCUUGGGUGUGUGUGUGUGCGUGUGUGUUUUAACCACUGGGGGGUUGUUGGGAGGCAUGGGCAUAUUUGUAUUCUCGAAGCUACUCUGCAUACCUCAAAUUGUAUAAUACAUUUAUUUAUUACAUCCCCUUAUAUGUCUAUUUCCAAGAAUAUCCAGACAAAGGUCUCACAGAUGUGCAACCCUUUUGUUAUUGGUGAUCAAUUCUUGCGUUUGUAGAAAUCAUACUGUUUAAUUGAUAAUAACAAUAAAAUUAAAUACCACUAAACUUUG